AUGUCGUUAUCCAGAGAAGCCAUGAAGGAAGGCUGCGAAUAUCUGAAAGGUGAGACCAUUUGUGACAUUAUUUGGCAUUUAGAUGACAUAUAAAAUACAGUAAUAGCAUGCUGACAAGUGUAAUUUAAUAGUUUCAGAUAACUCGGCUCAAAUGUUCGGUCAUAAGUUCUUCGAUUGUCGGGUUGUCUCCGUUUGUCAGAUCUGCCAGAAAUCUGACAAAUUCGAAACUCGAUUUCUGGCCAUUUGUAAAUACAGGGUAUUCAUUGUCUACGGAAAGAAUCCGGCCAAUUUUAAGCUGGAAAGGAGUUUCAAUCUUCUCACAUUGAGACAGCUACUGGUUCAGAACAAAGAGGUUUGUGUAUCUUCAAUUUUGGAAAGAUGUUUUAGACUACACACGGCAUCAGACUACUUUUUUCACGAAAAUUUUCUUACAGUAUCCCUUUCAGCUUAUAAUCUCCUAUGAAGACAAACCCAAAUCCCAGCACAAGCUGAUCUACCGUUCCGAGGACACGGAGCCGCUCCAGAUGGCCAAGGAGAUCCUGUCGGCCCUCAAACAUUACUUGCCGGACAUUGGUCCCUCUUUAUCCAAAUUCAUCCAGAUCCAGCCGGAUUCUCUGCUCAAUGAAUUCCCAUUGCUCCCAUCCAGUCAGCCAAGUCUUCCUUGUCACAACUUUAGACGGACUUAUGUCACGAUUUGUGAUCUUAUUGAUCAGCCUUACAAUGAGGAGAUUAUCUGGGAUGUGGAUCGGAUUUAUUUCAUAAACAAGAUCAGAGAUAUCCGGUUAGAGGACUUUGGACAUCUUAGUGUAAAGUAAGGUCUUUGUUAGCUUGCAUUUUCACUAUUUUUUAUAGUAUUGUUUUUGACGAACAAUAAUGAUGACAUAAAAAAUUCUUCAGAGAUCAAGUAGCAGUAAUUGGAAGCGCUCAGUUCUCAUCUUACUUCACUGGAAUAACAGUUGAAGCUACCAGAUUAGCCGCCGAACAUGUUGAGAUGAUCCUAAAUGUAGUCCGAAGAUCCACAGCGCUGAAGUCUCUUCGCUUAACGAAUUGUGGACUCCCUAAGGACUUCUGUUACCAUCUAGGGAACGCUUUAUCCGCCAAUCCGGAUAUUCCUUUGAGUAUUUUGGAUCUGGGUGGAAACCAAUUGGAUGAUAAGAAAUGUAAGAACGCCUCUUUUUUUGCUAUUUAAUUUUUAGAUAUCUGUCAUUUGUCUUCGGUACUUCCCUGUAUUCGCACUUUGAAGUCGAUAUCCUUUGCGGAUUGUGGUCUCUCGGAUAAAAGUAUCCAUCAUCUCGCCUCGGGGCUUACAACUGGAUUAACAAUCGACAAAAAUGGCUCAGGAAAUAAGUUCGAAUUGAAGAGAUUGAUUCUUUCCCGGUGCUCGUCGAAGGAUGAUCCGACCGAGUUGAUUAAUUUCGUCUCAGUUUGUGGUUCCCUCAGAGCACUGGACUUAAGCGGAACUGGAGUUUUGGUCGAUAAAUUAUGGUCGGCUUUGAAGUUGGGUGGAUUGCAAUUAGAACAGCUGAAUUUGAGUGGAUGUCAAACGUUGAAGAAGCACAAGGAAGGCGUUGGAUCCGUCAAAGAGCUGUUUUCUUGCAUGGUUAAUCUGAAGGAGCUUAAUCUAUCCAAUACUCCGUUGAGUGCUGAUCUUCUUCAAGCCAUUUUGCAAGGUCUUUCGGCCAACUCUCAGGUAAAUUGGGGUUUUCUGUCACAGGCUAUAGACUGAAACAUUUUCUUAGGAAAAUCAUUAUCUCUAAAGAUAUUUUAGUCAUGAUGGUUAAUAAAAAUUGUAUUUUUUCAGCUGACUGAUAUUAAACUCAACCUUGAUGGUGCUUGUGGAGACAAGGGAUGUGGUUUGAUCCUAGAGCAAUAUCUUCCCUUCUGUCCUGUCGCCUUUUUGUCCCUUCGUGACAAUAAUUUGGAACAAAAUGCCCUCAAAAUAUUCGCGGCCCUCAGGACAAUGACCUCAUUGCAGAGUCUGGAUGUUGGUGGAAAUAAUUUCAUUGGUCUCAGAGUUAAUAAGAAAUACAAUGGUGUUCUGAGUAAAGUGGUCAAUGAGUUGACAAAAUUGAUCGCCAGUGAGGAAGUUGUAAGUUGACAGUUUAGGAUUUUUUGAGUGAAGUACCCCAAGUAUGACGCUCAGAUUUUGCUGAAAGAAAAAAGUUUUUUGCGCGUUUCUUUCGGCAGUUGGGUUGAAUUUUGCGUACUCUCUGGGUCGCAAAGAUCGUUAAAUAUCUCGGCUGCAAAGUGCCAGCCAAAACUUUCACGAACUAUAGCCCAUUACCGCCGCGUGUGCAAAAUUUAAAGAAAAUAUGAGCGUCGCACUUACUUCUCUUACAAAUUUAUUUCCAAUUUAGGAACUAAAAGAGUUAAUUCUGAGUGAUGCCAAGCUCGGAAACUUCCUUACAAUUCUCCUGAACGCAUUGAGUGUUGCCAACAUUGAGCAGUUGGAUAUUUGCAACAACGAAAUUGGGAAUUCCGGAGCCAGAUUACUCUCAAAAGCACUUCAAAUGAACACAAGUCUGAAAGUAAUCGCAUUCGAUCGGAAUCAGAUCGGAUUGGAUGGAUUCCAGGAGAUUGCGUAUGGCCUCAGACUCAACCAUUCCGUCACAUCCAUCCCCUUCCCCUCCAUUGACAUCGCUGAAGCCUUGACUCGACCUGAAAGGGCUAAGGUUUUGAGUACUGUGGCGGAGAUUGAGGUGGCGUUGGAGAGGAAUCGAAAGUCCCCGAAAUUAUUCGAAUUACAUUCCCAGAAGAUUCUAAAUGACCUUAAUAAUGUGAGUCGGUUUACGGAUACGGUAGUAGAUACAUAUAAGGCGCCUGCGUUACUUUUUUCGGACCUCUUAACUUCCUGUCUGACCAUACAAACUGACCUUCCCACGACCGGGCAGUAUCAGUCUGUCGGGAAAAUAGUGAGCACAAUUUUUAAGACAGGGGUUUCUGCGACGAGGUCCGGAGGAAAGUUGAACGCACGCGCCUCAUAUAAAAAAAUGAUUCGGUCAUAGGGUGCAGUAAGUAACUAAUGAAAUUUCAUUUUCAGCACUGUGAUAAAUACGAAGUGAACAACAACACUCAGAAGAAGGUGGUUUUCCACACUCUGACCGAAGUCCUCAGCGAGCUAGAGCCAUCUUCGACGUCAGCGCUCUCUCCUGACAAUCUGAUCCAUCAACUUUCCUCAGAUCUGUCGCAGUUGGCCAAAGAAAGCAGUAAUAAGUUCUGUCAGCUGAUUCAGAAGAGAUUGGCCGAACAAAAUGUGGACAUUCUAGAGCCGGUGGGGAAUUGUUAUCCCGAAGAUUUGGAUGAAUCGGUGAAAAAACAAUUCGAGGAUAAGAUCAAUGCGUUUGUCAGGUAAGAUGAAGAGACUUUACAGUAGUUUGUGUACGAAAAGAAGACAUUUCUUUGUCUUGAUAGCAAGUGUAACCCCUUUUGCAGAGAGACAUGUUUCCAAACCGCUUUCAAUCAAUUGGACAAGCUUUUAACACAGCCUGAGGCAUUCAAAUUGAGAGGAUCCAUCUCGAAUCUGGGCAUUGAGAACUCUGUACAUAUCAAUCAAUUCUCGGCCCGCACAAUAACACCCAUGGCACAUCGUCCGAACUCGGCACUAAUCUUGGAGGACAGUCCAAAAAAGAAUGGAAAUGAUGGAAACAAGUCGUCCCCAUCUUCCCCACUGAUCCAUUUAGUCAAGAACAGACCUCCACCUCCGAGGAUCCUCAAGCAUAAGGUCGGAUAUUACUUUUGUAUUAGUUUAUACCAUCUUUGACAAGUGUAAUAUAAAAAUUUUUUUGGCAGUUUUACCUUAUACUAAAACCUUCUCAUUUUUAGGUAUUUGCCCGAAGUGUGACUCCAGUGGUAAACGGAGACAAUAAUUCGACGAUGACAUCAUCAAUUCACUCUUCAAAUUCCUCAAAUGUCUCGAGCACCGAGUCCAAAAAUGUGUCAGAAGAAGCAGAUCCCUCCUCAGAAGCCCCACCUCUGAUCCCUCGAAGAACCCGGCUACCUCCCAUGCCAAAUCAUCCCCCUCGUCUCCCACCGAAGCCUGGAUCCGACUCUCCGUCAAGCACAAGGUCCCCCACAGAUCUGAGAAAUCAUCGGACUCGAGUCCUACCGGCUCUGGACGAAGCCAUGUUGGCCUUUAAAGAUCCGGAUGACUCUUCUUAA